GUUUAAUGGGGAUAAAUGUUGCGAGUGCAAGGAUUGCUUUUAUAAAAGAGCAGACCGUGUCUCCUGUUUGUACACUUGGUAUAUGAAACAGAAAUCAAGCGCAUUUCUCCCUAAUCUCAACUUCUAAUACAAGAAUUUCUUCCUCCAAUGGCAACAAGAAUCACCCUCAAGGCCUUCCCAGGCUAUCCAGAAGAGCUAACGCUCUCCACAGCCGCAGAGAUACCAGAAAGCGCUAAAAAGGCGCAAAACCGCUCCAAGCAUGUCCUUGUCAUUGGAGGUGGCGUUAGCGGUCUGAUGACGGCUUGGAUUCUCCUUGACAAGGGCUACCGCGUCACUAUCGUGUCUAAGGAAUGGGUAAGUCUUACGAAGCCGUUGACUUCGCAGAUUGCUGGGGCUUUGUGGGAGUACCCGCCUGGUGGUUGUGGGGUCACUGAGAUUGAGACUCCAUUGUUUGGGUACUCGACUCUGGAGCAGUAUCGGGAGUGGGCUAUGCAGAGUUUUGAGUUCUAUCGGUUGAUGGCCGACCGAGAUGAGCUUAUUGGUAAUGGUCUGGAACAGGCUGCUGGGGCUGGGACGUUUGGUGCGAAGAUGAAGACCUUGUUUCAGUUCUUUCAACAGCCAAUUGAGGAAGAGUCCCGUGGCUGUCGCUGCGAUGACAGACAUUAUGACAAAUAUUUUGAGAUGAAGACAUUGGAUGAGGGCGUGGAUUCGCCUUUCAGGGAUCAGUUGAAAGUUAAUUAUCAUUGCAUGGCUGAUGCUAAUGGAGGCAAGAACGUCAACUCACAAGUGGUAGCAGACUUAGUGGACCCGAAGAAGCAGUUUAAUGUUGCUUGCGCAUAUCAGCAUGCAGCUCCCAUGAUUGAUACUGAUGUGGCCAUGACGUUUCUGAUGAGACUUGUUCAAAGCAAAGAGGCGGUUCUAGAGACUAGAGAAAUUGUUGGUGAUCUUCAUCUCCAUGAGCAAGAGCUACUGAGCGAAUACCACGCCGAUAUAAUCGUCAAUGCAAGCGGCAUAGGAGCUCGCGAGCUUGUAACCGAUACUCAGAUAUUCCCCGUUCGCGGAGUAGUCAAGAAGAUCAAGAGACCUGAGGGAUACCCAGCGGAUCAUGCGUUCCUUCUUCCGGCUCAGAUGAAUCAUGAUGGCUCAGUGAGCAAAACAGUCUUCAUUGCUCCUCGUAACGACGAUACGCUUGUUAUCGGCUCAAUCACUCAACGCAACAACUGGCAGCUAAAUCUCUCCCUUGACUCCCCUGAAGUCAAGACGAUGUGGGAACGGGCGACUGAGUUUCUGCCGGUCCUCAAGGAUGCAGACAAUGAGACACGGUCUCUUGCACAGGGCUUGCGGCCCUUCUCCCAUUUGAAUGUCAGAGUCUCCGCUGAUAGUCGAGCUAAUACAUGCCGGAUCCUUCAUAACUAUGGUCAUGGUGGAUCGGGAUGGACUCUUGCCGUUGGUUGUGCGAGGACUUGUGUACGCUUGGUUGAGGAGAUUCUGGACACAGACAGGUCAGCAAAUGCAGAAGUAUGUAGGUUAUAAGAGAUUGGGAAAGAUAUACAUACAUCCAUAAUACCCGAGUGUGAUCUGCC